CAGCGCCUCUUCACAGUUUUCCCCCCAGGUGGCGGCGUCCUUUCUUCUUUACACAAAACACCACCACACCUCCUCUUUGCUGUGUAUUUUCUACCCCGCGUGUGUUUAUAAACGGUUAUACUCCCAUAUUCAACUAGCAAACAUGGCCCGCAUCGCCCCAGCUGUUACUGUGUCGCUAAACGACCUCAAAGCCGGAAACAUUCCCUUUGAAACCUUGCAAGAAGCAUUCGGACCCGAGUCUCUUGGUAUUCUCAUUGUCAAGGAUAUCCCUGAAGAGUUUGCUGAGCUUCGACACCAGACUCUGUCCUAUGGCUCAUAUCUCGGUAACCUCCCCAGUGAAGAGCUAGCUAAACUCGAGAAUGUCAAGUCAAAGUACUUGACCGGCUGGUCAUUGGGAAAGGAAACACUUAAGAACGGCACCCCAGACACCUACAAAGGCUCAUACUACGCCAACUGCGCCUUCCACCAGGAUCCUACUCUUGAGUGCUCGCCUCCUACAGACAACUUCAACAUUGACACAUUCCCCGAGUACUUGUCUCCCAACGUAUGGCCACCACAAGAAACGCUUCCUGGCUUCAAGCCCUCGGUAACCACUCUCUGCAACCUCAUCAUUGAUGUAGCAGCUCUUGUCGCUAGAGCCUGUGAUCGCUACGCCGAAAAGGAAAUUGAAGGCUACCCUAAGGGCUAUCUUGAGCACGUUGUGAGCUCGUCGCACACCACGAAGGCUCGCCUGCUUCACUACUUCCCUCAAAGCCCUGAAGAUAUCGUCGACGGCACAGAAGAUGACUGGUGUGCUACACAUCUCGACCACGGCUGUCUCACCGGCCUUACAUCCGCCAUGUUCAUUGAUGAGCAUGAGGUUAACCCCCAGGUACCAGCCGAUGCCAACAAGGCUGAAGGAACCUAUCUUCCCGCGCUUACAGAGCUUGCUGCCUCUCCAGAUCCUUCUGCUGGCCUGUAUAUCCACUCUCGUACUGGCGAAACCGUCCAGGUUAAGAUUCCCCGCGACUGCAUCGCCUUCCAAACUGGUGAGACGCUCGAGCGCAUCACUGCCGGCAAGUUCAAGGCCGUCCCUCAUUUCGUCCGCGGCGUUCGUGCCAAGCUUAGCGGUGGCAAGAUUGCACGCAACACACUCGCAGUGUUUACUCAGCCCAACCUCGAAGAGGAAGUUGACCUUAAGCAGCACAUCAACUUUGGCGAGUUUGCACGUGGCGUCGUUGCCAAGAACACUGUAGUAUAAAAUGUAUAUAAAAUGUCAUAAAUAAAAAAGUGAAUCCCUUUUUACAACAUUAUUCCGUCAAAUAUAUUACAUUAUUAGGCCCAUGCACCGACAACACUCAUGCCAAAGGCACCAAGGAGAACCAAAACGCACGCAAAAACACGCUCCUUGCCUCGGAGGUAACGCCAGCUUUCAUCACUCAAAAAGUCUUCUGACAAGAGCUCCACCAGGGAUGCAAAUGUAAGAAGACCGGCAGAGAUGGCGUUCAUGAUGCCUACCAUGAGCAGACCAACCUCGGAAUCCUGGCUGUAAAGGUUGUGGACAGCAAGGCCGAUUGCUUGACCAAGUGGGGUG